AUGGCACCCCCUCCCGUCGCCGAACCCGACGUUGAUGUCGAUAUGACCCGCGAGGAAGAUGACGAUCAGGGCGAGAGACUCAUCAAUGAAGAGUACAAGACUUGGAAGAAGAACAGUCCUUUCCUCUACGACAUGAUUCUUGGCACCGCAUUGACUUGGCCAACACUUACCGUUCAAUGGUUUCCCGAUGUCAAAGAUCCUGCCAAUGAAAACUACCGAUUGCAUAGACUGCUACUCGGCACACACACUUCUGAUGCCAGCACAAACUAUCUCCAAAUUGCUGAUGUCCAAAUCCCCAAGACUGUCUCCCCCGAUCCCGACAACUAUGACGAAGAACGAGGCGAGAUUGGUGGAUACGGCAAGCCUGGCAAUGUCGCUGCUAUCAAGUGCGACAUCGUCCAGAAGAUUGAGCACCCCGGCGAGGUGAACAAGGCUAGAUACCAGCCACAAAACCCUGACAUCAUCGCUACAUUCUGUGUUGAUGGCCGAAUUCUCAUCUUUGACCGCACGAAGCAUCCCCUUCAGCCUACUGCUCUCGGAAAGGUCAACCCUCAAAUCGAACUCAGCGGCCACAAGUCUGAAGGCUAUGGCCUAAGCUGGAACCCCCAUGAAGAAGGCUGCCUGGCUUCUGGCAGUGAAGAUAAGACUAUGUGUCUUUGGGAUCUUAAGACUGUCGAAGCUGAUGUCAAGGUGCUGAAGCCCGACAGACGAUACACGCAUCACAGCCAGGUCGUCAACGAUGUCCAGUACCACCCGUUCUCCAAGCACUUCAUCGGCACCGUCUCCGACGAUCUUACUCUUCAGAUCGUCGACGUUCGAAGCAGCGACUACAGCAAGGCCGCUCUGGUGGCCAAGAAUGGACACUCGGACGCUAUCAACGCCUUGGCCUUUAACCCUAACUCGGAAGUCCUGGUCGCUACUGGCUCUGCCGACAAGACCAUAGCUAUCUGGGAUUUGCGAAAUGUCAAGGAGAAGGUCCACACCUUGGAAGGCCACACAGACGCUGUGACGUCGCUAUCGUGGCACCCUUCAGAGGCUGGCAUCCUCGGCAGUGGCAGCUACGACAGAAGAAUCAUCUUCUGGGAUCUUGCCAGAGUCGGAGAGGAGCAGCUCCCCGACGACCAGGAGGAUGGCGUUCCUGAACUUCUUUUCAUGCACGGUGGCCAUACAAAUCACUUGGCUGACUUUAGCUGGAACCCCAAUGAGCCAUGGCUCGUCGCCAGUGCUGCUGAAGACAACUUGCUUCAGAUUUGGAAGGUUGCCGACUCUAUUGUGAGCAAAGAUGAUGGUGAACUUCCCAUUGAUGAGCUCGACCGAUGA